AUGCAAGCUUUUCUUAAAACUGGUAAAAUAUCAGCAUCAGAUAAGCCUUCUACUUCAGGAGUAAAAUCUUCUGCCAAAAAAAAACCUCCAGCACCAUGGGUUGAGAAAUAUCGGCCGAAGACGAUAGAUGAUAUUGUAGACCAAGGCGAGGUAGUGCAAGUUCUUAGAGAAUGUCUAUCUGGCGGGGAUUUGCCACAUUUGUUGUUUUACGGCCCACCUGGCACCGGCAAAACAAGUGCCAUUCUUGCGGCAGCGAGACAGCUCUUUGGUGAUAUUACCCGAGAUCGUGUGUUAGAGCUAAAUGCUUCAGAUGAACGUGGUAUUCAGGUGAUUAGAGACAAAGUGAAAACUUUUGCUCAGCUCACUGUUAGCAGUACCAGGCCAGAUGGUCGGCCAUGUCCUCCAUACAAGCUUGUAAUCCUGGAUGAAGCCGACUCAAUGACAACGGCAGCUCAGGCAGCACUGAGACGAACAAUAGAAAGAGAAACAAGAACAACCCGGUUUUGUCUUAUCUGCAAUUAUGUAUCUAGGAUUAUCCCACCAAUAACCAGUAGAUGCUCCAAAUUUCGUUUCAAGCCCUUAGCUAAAGAAAAUGUCAUUAAGCGACUUCGCGAAAUAUGUUCAGCAGAGGGUGUGGACGUGGGCGAGGGUGAUAUAUUGCAUCAGGCUGUAGAUACAUGUGAGGGAGACUUGCGACGAGCACUAACAGCCCUUCAGUGUUGCCAGAGACUGCUGGGGAAGAUUACUGUUGAAGGUCUUGUGGAGGUAACAGGUUUGGUACCUGACGUACUUGUCAACGAGUAUUUAAACAUCAAGAAUUACAGUGAAUUAGAACAGUUUGUGGAAAAGUUCCUAAUGGAAGCCUACUCCGCGUCGCAAUUACUGGAACAGCUAAGCGCUACAGUAGUGACGGCUGGACACCUCACGAAUAAUCAGAAGUGCGCAAUUAGUGAAAAAGUACCAGUUUGCGCUCAUCGUUUACUAGAUGGUGGCGCGGAGGUUAUGCAGAUCACCGAUCUAGGAUGCACUAUCAUUAUGGCCAACAAUAAUCCUUAG